AGCUUCUCAACCUCAUACAACAAGCCACUUCUUAGGUGAGUUAUAUUUAAUCGUUACCUUAUUUUGUUCUCUUUAAGUGCUAGUGCUUGACUUUAUAGAACAGAAAGGACAGAACAGAAAGGUACAAUUUAGUGAAUUUAGUUUCCUAUUACCAUUGCCUCCUAAGCUUGCAUGCAGAUAAUGAAAGGCAUCAUCCUUAGGCAAUAAUGUCCCCUUUUGGAGUCGAAUACAUGCCAAACCUGAUACAUCUAGUUGUGGAUCUAUGUACUGAUUACUAGAAAACUCUUCUGUUGAAGGAUAUAUGAAUCUGGGAAAGAGUCCCACUGGUUGGCCUUGUUCAUCUUAUUAUGAUUUAUUGAUUUACGAUUAUUUCGCUAUAUAUACAGGAUGUGGUACUCCAGGAUUUGCAUCACAACAAACAGAACCCCAUCACAGAAGCUAAGCAGUGACACGUGCAGAGAAACUUAAAACCAAUGGGGGUUUCAGGUUUAGUUGCAUUGUCACUGUGCAUGUUUCUGUGGUUGGUGGGUGUUUCACCAACAUGGGGAGCUGUUGAUCCCGAGAUCAUUGCAGCUCAAUCAGCUGACCGGGUCUUCUACAUCCCAGAGCAGCCGUCCGUGAACUUCCUGCAGUAUGCUGGGCAUGUCACAGUUGAUGAGAGCCACGAGAGGGCGCUGUUCUACUGGUUCUUCGAGGCAGCUCACAAGUCGGAGGAGAAGCCUUUGCUCGUCUGGCUCAAUGGAGGGCCAGGAUGUUCUUCGGUUGGGUAUGGGGCAGCUCAAGAGAUUGGACCGUUUCUGGUGAAGAAAGGACAUCAAAUAGAACUUAACCGCUACGCUUGGAACAGAGCUGCCAACCUACUGUUCUUGGAAGCUCCUGCUGGGGUGGGAUUUUCAUAUUCAAACAACACUUAUGCUCCAGGAGACAGUGUCACCGCGUGGGAUUCCUACAACUUUUUGAACAAGUGGUUGAAGAGAUUCCCGCAGUACAGGGAUAGUGAACUGUUCAUAGCAGGAGAAAGCUACGCUGGACACUAUGCACCACAACUGGCUGAAGUGAUCUUUGAUCAGAACAAGAUCUACUACUCCCUCAACGACUCCUCUAAUUACAUCAACCUCAAAGGCUUCAUGGUAGGGAACCCAUCAUUGGACGAUGGAACGGACAGCAAAGGAAUGAUCGACUAUGCAUGGGGCCAUGCGAUGCUGUCGGACAAGGAUUACCAGUCCAUUAUGUCGAGCUGUGAUUUCACGAGGGACGACUUGAACCAGACCGAGCAGUGUAAAAAUGGAAUGGCAAAUUACUACAAGCUGUAUUCUAUCAUAGACAUGUACGGCAUCAACUCCCCAACGUGCCAUCUGCCCACCAAUUCUAGCCAUGGUUUCCGGGGCCGACUGCCAAACAACAGGACAAUGAGGAUACCUGCCGGCGCAGGGUAUGAUGCAUGCACCAGCAACUAUGUGUUUGAGUAUUUCAACCGACAGGAUGUACAGGAAGCAUUGCAUGCUGACCUCAACAAAGUCCCUCGCCCAUGGGACCUUUGCAGUAAUGAGGUAGGCAAUGACUGGAGUGAAAGCGCUUUCUCGGUGCUCCCUGUGAUUAGGAAGCUGCUUGAUGGAGGCCUGCGCAUUUGGUUCUAUAGUGGAGAUGCAGAUGGUAGGAUACCAGUGACCUCAACGAGGUAUGCACUGAAAAAGCUUGGGGUGAACAUAACUCAAGAUUGGACUCCUUGGUACAACCAGGAAGAGGUUGGAGGAUGGACUAUAAGUUAUGCAGGAGGGCUGACAAUGGCGACGGUGAGAGGAGCUGGCCACGCCGUCCCAGUACUAGCACCGGACCGCGCUCUCCUCCUCGUCUCUCACUUCCUCGACAACAUCGACUUGCCACGUGCCUCCUCUUGAUUCAUUAUCAUCGUUAAUCUGUUGUAUUCAAUUCCAUUCCUAUAUAGUUCAUCGGCUGCAUUUCCCAGGGUUCGUAUCAUUGUCUUGAUAACUUUGUACCCAAUUCUGUUGUUGCCCUGCCUCGUUUUUGUAUAUGCCAUGGCUAUGAGAAUCACUAUUCAUUUACCAUUCAACUCAUAUCAAAACCCUCUCAUCUUUAUCAUCAUUCUGAUGCAUUGCAAGUUUGAUUACAACUCCAAUCUUGGCAGAAUAUCAAUUUCACUCUUGAAAAGAAUCUCGAAUUUGAUCCUCCAUCUAAUUUUGGUCCAUAAAGAAGCCGCACCAAAGUUGAAAAUGUUAUCCGGCCGGCGAGCAUACUUAUGGCAGCAGAUUCCUUGGUCUUCAAACAAACUUAUUGGAAUGAC